AUGGUAUACGAAGGAAAACGAUUAGUUUCCUGCCAUUGUUUCUUCCUGUUAACAGCCAAAUUCUGCUGGAUGCUCACCCUGAUGCAAAGAACUUAUGGCCAGGAAUAUGCCCACUCCAUCCGACUGGAUGGGGACAUCAUCUUGGGAGGACUGUUCCCCGUCCAUGCAAAAGGGGAUAGAGGGGUGCCUUGUGGGGAGCUCAAGAAGGAAAAAGGGAUCCACAGACUAGAGGCAAUGCUGUACGCAAUUGAUCAGAUUAAUAAAGACCCCGAUCUUCUUGCCAAUAUCACCUUAGGUGUCCGGAUCCUUGAUACAUGUUCCAGGGACACUUAUGCAUUGGAGCAAUCCUUAACAUUUGUACAAGCGUUGAUAGAGAAAGAUGGUUCAGACGUGAAGUGUGCUAAUGGCGACCCACCAAUUUUCACUAAGCCAGAUAAGAUAUCAGGUGUGAUAGGUGCUGCAGCAAGUUCCGUGUCCAUUAUGGUUGCAAAUAUUUUAAGACUUUUUAAGAUACCUCAAAUCAGCUAUGCAUCUACAGCUCCAGAACUGAGUGAUAACACCAGGUAUGACUUCUUCUCUCGAGUGGUCCCACCUGACUCCUACCAAGCGCAGGCCAUGGUUGACAUCGUGACAGCCCUUGGGUGGAACUAUGUGUCAACACUGGCUUCCGAAGGAAACUACGGAGAGAGCGGCGUAGAGGCAUUCACCCAGAUCUCCAGGGAAAUCGGAGGUGUUUGCAUUGCUCAGUCACUCAAAAUUCCUCGGGAACCAAGACCAGGAGAAUUUGAAAAGAUCAUCAAGCGCUUAUUAGAAACUCCAAAUGCUCGAGCGGUGAUCAUGUUUGCGAAUGAAGAUGAUAUUAGGCGAAUACUGGAAGCAGCCAAAAAAGCUAAUCAGUCUGGACAUUUCCUAUGGAUUGGCUCAGAUAGUUGGGGGUCAAAAAUUUCACCAGUUCAGCAUCAGGAAGAAAUUGCAGAAGGAGCAGUAACCAUCCUACCUAAAAGAACCUCCAUAGAUGGAUUCGAUAGAUAUUUUCGGAGCCGAACACUUGCCAACAAUCGAAGAAACGUAUGGUUUGCAGAAUUCUGGGAGGAGAACUUUGGAUGCAAGUUAGGAUCCCAUGGAAAAAGAAAUAGCAACAUCAAGAAAUGCACAGGCUUAGAAAGAAUUGCAAGAGAUUCAGCCUAUGAGCAAGAAGGAAAAGUUCAGUUUGUAAUUGAUGCAGUAUAUUCCAUGGCCUAUGCACUACAUAACAUGCACAAAGAUCUCUGUCCUGGAUAUAUUGGUCUGUGUCCAAGGAUGAGCACAAUUGAUGGUAAAGAACUACUUACCUAUAUCCGAGCAGUAAACUUUAAUGGGAGUGCUGGAACACCUGUUAUCUUCAAUGAAAAUGGAGAUGCUCCUGGACGUUAUGAUAUUUUUCAGUAUCAGAUCACCAACAAGAGUACAGAAUACAAAAUAAUUGGUCAUUGGACCAAUCAACUUCAUCUAAAUGUAGAAGACAUGCAGUGGGCUAAUAGAGAGCACACUCAUCCGGCAUCUGUCUGCAGCCUACCCUGUAAAGCUGGGGAAAGAAAGAAAACCGUGAAGGGGGUGCCCUGCUGCUGGCACUGUGAACGCUGCGAAGGGUACCACUACCAGGUGGAUGAAUUCAAUUGUGAACUGUGCCCCAUCAAUAAGAGACCGAAUGCCAACCGUACAGAUUGCCAGCUUAUCCCCAUAAUCAAACUGGAGUGGCAUUCCCCAUGGGCCAUUGUGCCCGUCUUCAUAGCUAUCCUUGGGAUAAUUGCCACCACCUUUGUCAUCGUGACGUUUGUCCGGUACAACGAUACUCCGAUUGUUAGGGCCUCUGGACGGGAGCUCAGUUAUGUGCUCUUGACUGGGAUUUUUCUCUGUUAUUCCAUUACUUUUUUAAUGAUUGCCACUCCUGAUACAGUGAUCUGCUCAUUUCGGAGGAUCUUCCUAGGACUCGGCAUGUGUUUCAGCUAUGCUGCCUUGCUUACCAAAACAAAUAGAAUUCACAGAAUAUUUGAACAGGGUAAGAAAUCAGUCACAGCUCCCAAAUUUAUUAGUCCGGCUUCCCAGCUGGUGAUCACUUUCAGUCUCAUAUCCUUGCAGCUUAUUGGAGUCUUCAUCUGGUUUGCUAUUGAUCCACCACACACCAUAGUAGAUUAUGGAGAGCAGAGGACUCUUGAACCAGAAAAUGCCAGGGGAGUUCUCAAAUGUGACAUUUCAGAUCUGUCUCUCAUUUGUUCCCUUGGAUACAGUAUUCUCUUGAUGGUCACGUGUACUGUUUAUGCUAUUAAAACAAGAGGGGUUCCAGAGACCUUCAAUGAAGCAAAACCCAUUGGAUUUACUAUGUACACAACCUGCAUAAUUUGGUUAGCUUUUAUUCCAAUCUUUUUUGGUACGGCCCAGUCGGCAGAGAAGAUGUACAUCCAGACAACAACACUUACUGUCUCCAUGAGUUUAAGUGCUUCUGUGUCUCUGGGCAUGCUCUACAUGCCCAAGGUUUAUAUUAUCAUUUUUCAUCCAGAGCAGAAUGUUCAAAAACGGAAGAGGAGCUUCAAGGCUGUAGUGACAGCUGCCACAAUGCAAAGCAAACUGACCCAAAAAGGAAAUGACAGACCAAAUGGCGAGGUCAAAACCGAACUAUGUGAAAGUCUUGAAACCAACACCUCCUCUACCAAGACAACUUAUGUCAGUUACAGCAAUCAGGCAAACUGAGCAGGGAUGAAAUUAAAUGGAAGACCACCAGGAUGGGAUCUUGCAAAGAAAGACUUUACCAUCACCAGAAUUCAG